AUGAGGUCUCAUCCGAGGCACGAGCGCCGAUGGGCCUCGGACUCGGUUCCCGAGAAGUCGCUAGUCAGCGCCGGCACGUCGCCGGCCAUGACCGAAGAUUCGAGCUCGGGAGCCGAUCAGGAAUUCGUAGAAGUAACUCUCGAUUUACAGGACGACAACACCAUCGUCCUCCGCAGCGUCGAGCCUGCCUCCGUCAUUCACAUCGACGACCUCGCCGGCGUCGGCGCGUCACCUGGAAGUGAAACUCCGGCUUCUGCCUCGGCCUCUGCUUCCCGGUCGCCGUCGACGAUACGCCGAAGUUCCUCCAACAAUCGGAUACGCCAGUUCUCUCAGGAGCUGAAAGCCGAGGCGGUGGCGAAGGCGAAGCAGUUCUCUCAGGAGCUUAAAGCCGAGCUGCGGAGGUUCUCGUGGAGCCACGGCCACGCCUCGCGCGUUUUGUCUGCUUCGGCUUCUCAGAAUGCCGGUGCCGGAACCUCCACCGGCACGUUCGACUCGGCGCUGGAGGCUCGGGCUCUGAGACGGCAGCGAGCUCAGCUGGACCGCACUCGGUCUGGCGCUCAUAAGGCGCUUCGCGGGCUGAGGUUCAUCAGCAACUGCAAGAGCACGAAGACCAAUGGCGUCGACGCUUGGAACGACGUCGAGGCCAGCUUCAAUAAGCUCGCCAAAGACGGCCAGCUCCUCCGCGCUGAUUUUGCUCAAUGCAUCGGAAUGAGAGAUUCGAAGGAGUUUGCUCUGGAGCUGUUCGAUGCGUUGGGCCGGAGACGGAGAAUGAAGGUUGACAAAAUCAGCAAGGACGAGCUUUACGAGUUCUGGUCCCAAAUUUCCGAUCAAAGCUUCGAUUCGCGGCUUCAGAUCUUCUUCGACAUGGUGGACAAGAAUGAAGAUGGUAGAAUUACUGAAGAGGAAGUAAAAGAGAUUAUCAUGUUGAGUGCCUCUGCAAACAAGCUAUCGAGAUUGAAGGAACAAGCAGAGGAAUAUGCAGCUCUCAUCAUGGAAGAGUUGGAUCCCGAAAGACUUGGCUACAUUGAGCUGUGGCAAUUGGAAACCCUUCUACUACAGAAGGACACGUACCUAAACUACAGCCAAGCACUGAGCUACACGAGCCAAGCUCUAAGCCAAAACCUCCAAGGGCUGAGAAGGAGAAGUCCAAUACGCAGAAUGAGCACAAAACUGCUCUAUUAUUUGCAGGAAAACUGGAGGAGAAUCUGGGUUUUGACAUUGUGGGUUGCCAUUAUGAUCGGGCUCUUCACGUGGAAGUUCUACCAGUACAAGCAGAAAAAAGCUUUUCAUGUAAUGGGUUAUUGCCUUCUCACGGCUAAGGGCGCUGCCGAGACUUUGAAAUUCAACAUGGCUCUGGUGCUCUUGCCUGUUUGUCGAAACACCAUCACUUGGCUCAGGAACACCAGGCUAGGGUUCUUUGUGCCUUUUGACGACAACAUCAACUUCCACAAGACCAUUGCUGCAGCCAUUGUAGUUGGUGUCAUUCUCCAUGCUGGGAACCAUCUUGCCUGUGAUUUUCCAAGGCUUAUAGAGGUCUCCAAAGCUGACUACGACAAGUAUUUGGUUCAAGACUUUGGAAAACAUAAACCCAAAUAUAUAGAUUUGAUCAAAGGAGCUGAGGGCGUGACUGGAAUUAUAAUGCUGACAUGCAUGGUAAUUGCUUUCACACUCGCUACACGAUGGUUCAGGCGCAGCAUUAUUAAGCUUCCCAAGCCCUUUAAUAGGCUCACUGGCUUCAAUGCAUUCUGGUAUUCCCAUCACUUAUUUGUCAUUGUCUACGCCUUGCUCAUUAUCCACGGCGUUUUCCUCUAUAUGGUGCACACAUGGUACCUUAAGACGACUUGGAUGUAUAUUUCUGUUCCUAUUUUACUAUAUGCUGGAGAAAGGACCCUGAGAAUCUUCCGGUCUGGCUUCUAUACUGUUCGACUUCUGAAGGUUGCUAUUUAUCCUGGAAAUGUUCUCACGUUGCAAAUGUCUAAGCCUCCCCAGUUCAAAUACAAAAGUGGACAGUACAUGUUUGUCCAGUGCCCAGCUGUUUCUCCCUUUGAGUGGCAUCCAUUUUCGAUUACAUCAGCUCCCGGUGAUGACUACCUUAGCGUUCACAUCCGCCAGCUUGGUGACUGGACACAAGAGCUUAAAAGGGUUUUCUCAGAAGCCUGUGAGCCUCCCUUAGCUGGGAAGAGCGGCCUGCUAAGGGCUGAUGAAACAACCAAGACAAGUUUGCCCAAGCUUUUAAUAGAUGGACCUUAUGGUGCCCCAGCACAAGAUUACCGGAAAUAUGAUGUCCUGCUACUUGUUGGUCUUGGAAUCGGCGCAACGCCUUUCAUCAGUAUUCUAAAAGAUUUGCUCAACAAUAUUGUCAAAAUGGAAGAGCAGGCAGACUCUAUUUCAGAUAUGAGUAGAGCAUCAGACCUAAGUGCUGGGAGUACAGAUUCUCCGAAUCCAAACAAGGUUUAUCCGAGACGGAAAAAGACUCUGAAGACCACCAAUGCCUACUUUUAUUGGGUGACGAGGGAGCAAGGCUCAUUUGAUUGGUUCAAAGGAGUGAUGAAUGAAGUUGCAGAACAGGAUCAAAGGGGUGUCAUUGAGAUGCACAACUACUUGACUAGCGUGUACGAGGAAGGCGACGCUCGAUCAACUCUCAUCACCAUGGUCCAAGCUCUCAACCAUGCUAAGAAUGGGGUCGACAUUGUGUCUGGCACAAGGGUAAGAACCCAUUUUGCAAGGCCUAAUUGGAAGAAAGUUUUCUCAAAAACUUGCUCAAAGCACUGUAAUGCAAGGAUUGGUGUUUUCUAUUGUGGAGCACCAGUUUUGGCCAAAGAACUUAGCCAGCUCUGCUAUGAGUUCAAUCAAAAAGGUUCAACCAAGUUUGAAUUCCACAAGGAGCACUUUUAA